UAGCGGUGUUGGCUGGACGCGGAGGAGGACCAACAGAGACACUCAGCCAUGAAGCGGUGGACGGACCGGCGAGGAGUCAGCGCUGAAUGAAGACCGAGAACUUUUCCUCCUGUUCUGUGACAGUUUUAAGGAUUUUUAGAGCUGGGGUCGAUGAUGCUGGACGGUAAAACCUGAUGAAGUUCACCAGAGAUCUGUGCCGGCUGCUGGGUCUAGGAGGAGAUGGGCCAAGUGGGGAGGACAUGGAGGUUCAGGAUAGAGCCUCGAACCAAACAGACAGAAGGAAAGACCAAGCCACCUCACAGGCGAUGCUGAGCAGUGAGGAGGGUUUGGAUGAUGAAGAGAAAACGAGGAGGAGAGCCGAGAGGAGGAGAGCUAAAAGGAAAAGGCAGAAAGAACGCAAGAAACUGGAGCGAGAGGAGAGGAUGGAAGACGCUUCAGAGCAGGAGGAAGAAGCAGCUGGAGCUGUGUCAGAGAGUGACAGUGAAGAGGAACUGAAAGAGGAGAAGGACGAAUGGACAGCCGUACGACCCAGAAACAAACUUAACCCUAAAUUGGCCUCUGCCCUCGCAACCACAGAAAACAAGAGCAACCGGCAGCUGCCCUGCAGGAUGUCAGAGGAGGAGCCAGAGUGGGAUGUCAGCAGUGCCUUUGUGGCCAAAGCUGCCAGCCACAUCAAACUAAAAUCCCUGAAGAACCGAGCGGCACAUUUCUCCAGGGAGAACAAAGAGAACGAGGCCCGGAGCAGCCAGGAGGCCUCAGAAGAGAUGAAGAGGAGGGGAGAAGCUCUCACAGUGCAGGGCAUUGAGAUGUUUGAGCGGGGCCGGUACAGCCAGGCGGUCCACAUGUUUACAGAAGCCAUCUACUGUGACCCCAAAGACCACAGGUUCUAUGGAAAUCGCUCAUACUGUUAUUGGUGUUUAGAGCAGUACUCCUCUGCCCUGGCAGACGCCCAGAGGUCCAUUCAGCUGGCUCCUGAUUGGCCAAAGGGACAUUUCCGUAAGGGUUGUGCCCUGAUGGGGUUAAAGUGUUUCAGCAAAGCAGAGGAGGCCAUGGCACAGGUGUUGAAGCUAGACCAACACUGCAAAGAGGCGUCCAGUAAACUCUUCACCUGCAGGGUCCUGCAGCUCAUGGAGCUGGGUUUUUCAGAACAGCAGAGCAAGCUGCUGCUGGAGAAGUUCACCACAGUCCAGGCCGUCAUUAACUCACCUGAGUCCAGAACACAGAAGCAAACAUCCUGUCAGGACCAGAGCGGGAGCUGUCGCUCUCUAUGGGUGGGAAACGUCACUUUGGAAGUCACAGAGAAGCAACUCAUGGAUCUCUUCAAAACGUUUGGUGAGAUAGAGAGCAUCAGAGUUCUUCAUGAGCGUUUCUGUGCCUUCGUCAACUUCAAGAAUGCAAACGUGGCAGCCAAAGCCCUGCAGAAGCUGCAGGGGGCGGAGCUUGGCAGCUGUAAGCUGGUGAUGAGGUACCCUGACCGUUAUGUCCAGAGGACGCUGCCCCCCAUACAGAGGACCAACGCUGCUGAAACCCAGCGGAGCUCAGUGGUUGCAUGGUCCAGAGGAUGUGCACCCAUAGAUGGAGACGAGUGCUUUUACUGGCGGACCACAGGCUGUUUUUAUGGAGACAAGUGUCGCUUCAAACACAUACCAGAGCAUCAAGGUCGGGACAGGAAACAGUGGCAACCCUAAACUCCUUCCUACAGCUCGUACCUCGGCAGCAAGUCACAGCAAAGGAGGAUUUAUGAGGGAAAACAGGAACAAAAAGGAGAGCAAGAGGAGUGGAGAGAAAGAGGUCUGACAGAGAGAACGGAUAGCUGAACGUGUUGUUGAGACAGAGAGAGAAGGAUGUGGCCUUCAGGUCUACAAAAAGGUGGACCGUGGUCUUCAUCCAUAAGGAAGACCUAAGUGGAGUUAAAAUACUGGAAGCACCCCUGACUUGGAUUAAUGUUGCAUGGAGCUCCGUCUGCUGUAGGAGUCUGUUAUCAAAAGGAUUUUACUCAAACACUGAAUGUUUUUUAACUUUUAUGGAAACUUUUUCAGCACUGCUGUUGAAUCGCCCUAAAGUCCAAAUUAUUUUAUCACGUAAAAAAGAUCCUACUUUUAACUGUGCUCUGUUUGUAUUUUUCAUAAAAUAAUAAAAAGAUAAAACAAACAAAAA